AUGGGACGCACUCUCACCUAUCCCAAGCGGACAUCAAACACCGCCAAUCGUUACAAACAUCGCGCGACAUACGACCUGGGUCCGAUUCACUCCAUUAUCAACGACUCCCAUGUCCUCCAUGUAUCUUUCAGCCCGGGCCCGGAAGACCCCUUCCCCGCCAUCCUGCCAAUGAUCGGCCAAAUGGGCUCAUUCGAGUACCCAUCCGCAAGCAUCGACGAGCCUCUGGAGUGCUAUCUGCACGGCUACGUGAGCUCACGAAUUAUGAAUCUAGCCCGCAACUCCGAGGGUGACGGCCUCCCGGUCUGCGUUGCAACCAGCAAAGUGGACGGACUGGUCCUGUCCCUGACGCCCAACUCACACAGCUAUAAUUACCGCUCUGCUAUCCUGCACGGAUAUGCCAAGCUUGUCACUGACGAAGCGGAGAAACUCUGGGCUAUGGAAAUGAUUACCAACUCGGUCCUUACUGGCCGCUGGAAUAACUCCCGCGUGCCUCCUGACAAGGCGGAGAUGUCUUCAACUGUUAUUCUGAAGGUUAAGAUUGUGGAUGGUAGUGGAAAAAUCCGUGACGGGGGCGUCUCAGAUGAGCGCAAAGAUUAUGAUAAUGAGGAGGUUACGAGCAAGGUCUGGACGGGUGUUGUUCCUGUUUGGGAGACCUAUGGAGAGCCUGUUCCCAGUGGUGAUAGCAAAAUGUCCCAGGUUCCGGAGCAUAUCACUUCCUAUAUUGCGAGAAAGAAUGCCCAGAAUCGCGCUUUGGCUGAGGGCGCGGUCAAGAUUCAGCUCCCUGCCGAGGAGCAGCACUAA